GCGGCCGGAAGUAGCACUUUCCCGGAAGGUUCGGAAGCAAACGCAACGGAACCGGCUGCGAGAGGCAGGCUCCUCACAGCCGCGGCCUGGGCCCGGGAGUGGGCCCGACCGGGCCGGAGCGGGAAAUGGCAGCCGGGGCCUGGACCGCCUGCUAAGCCGCCGCGGGGAGCGCACUCCGUAGGGAUUAGCGGCGGUUAGGGCAUGGCCGGGAUCGGGGUCCCACCUCCGGGAGACUCUCUCCUGAGCCCGGAGGCGGAGAAGGGCGCCGGGGCCUCUCCACAGCCGCCUUUGGCGCCGCCGCCGCCACCUCCGCCUCCGCCGCCGCUCUCGCCUCAGGGGCCGGCGGCGCCGGUGCCUCUGCAGCGGGAGCCGCUGUACAACUGGCAGGCCACCAAAGCGUCGCUCAAGGAGCGCUUCGCCUUCCUUUUCAACACGGAGCUGCUGAGCGACGUGCGCUUCGUGCUGGGCAAAGGCCGCGGGGGCGCCGGGGCGGCCGCCGCCGGGGGCCCCCAGCGCAUCCCCGCCCACCGCUUCGUGCUGGCCGCGGGCAGCGCAGUCUUCGACGCGAUGUUCAACGGCGGCAUGGCCACCACCUCGGCCGAGAUCGAGCUGCCCGACGUGGAGCCCGCCGCCUUCCUGGCGCUGCUGAGAUUUCUUUAUUCAGAUGAAGUUCAGAUUGGUCCAGAAACAGUCAUGACAACUCUUUAUACUGCUAAGAAAUAUGCAGUUCCAGCGUUAGAAGCACAUUGUGUGGAUUUUCUCACCAAACAUCUUAGGGCAGAUAAUGCCUUUAUGCUUCUCACUCAGGCUCGAUUAUUUGAUGAACCUCAGCUUGCUAGUCUUUGUCUAGACACUAUAGACAAAAGUACAAUGGAUGCAAUCAGUGCAGAAGGUUUUACUGAUAUUGACAUAGAUACAUUGUGUGCCGUUCUGGAAAGAGACACACUUAGCAUUCGAGAAAGUCGACUCUUUGGAGCAGUUGUUCGUUGGGCAGAAGCCGAAUGUCAGAGGCAACAGCUGCCAGUGACUUUUGCAAACAAACAGAAGGUGCUAGGAAAAGCACUCUCAUUAAUCCGUUUUCCACUGAUGACUAUUGAGGAGUUUGCUGCAGGUCCUGCUCAAUCUGGAAUUUUAUCAGACCGAGAAGUGGUAAAUCUCUUCCUUCAUUUUACGGUCAACCCUAAACCCCGAGUUGAAUAUAUUGAUCGCCCAAGGUGCUGCCUCAGGGGAAAAGAAUGCAGCAUCAAUAGAUUCCAGCAAGUAGAGAGUCGUUGGGGUUACAGUGGAACAAGCGACCGAAUUAGAUUCACAGUUAAUAGAAGAAUCUCCAUAGUAGGAUUUGGAUUAUAUGGUUCUAUUCAUGGGCCCACAGAUUAUCAAGUGAAUAUACAGAUAAUUGAAUAUGAAAAAAAACAAACACUGGGACAAAAUGAUACUGGAUUUAGUUGUGAUGGGACAGCUAACACUUUCCGGGUCAUGUUCAAAGAACCUAUAGAAAUCUUACCCAAUGUCUGCUAUACAGCCUGUGCAACACUCAAAGGUCCAGAUUCGCACUAUGGCACAAAAGGAUUGAAGAAAGUUGUACAUGAAACACCUGCUGCAAGCAAAACAACAUUUUCAUUCUUUAGUUCUCCUGGCAAUAAUAAUGGUACAUCAAUAGAAGAUGGACAAAUACCAGAAAUAAUAUUUUAUACAUAAUUCAGCAAAUAAACAGACUAAUCUGAAAGGCAUAACUAACUAGCUGGUAAUGUUAGUAGUGUGUUAUGAAUGUUCAUAAUUUUAAUAUAUAAGAAACAUUUUAGUUUCUUAGGAAAGAUAGAAAAAUUUACAUAUUGGCUUUGCAUGAUUAUCAUCAGGCUUAAAGAAGUGAAUGGAAAGUGCUUCAUUUUCAUAUAACUCUAGGAGAAAAGUGCAGGACUUUAAUUGUAAAAAAUAUAUAUUUAAGCAGCUACUUGUGCUUUCACUUGUAUAAUUUCAUAAAUCAGCUUGUUUGGCUGAUAGUCUUUCAGUAGUUUUUAAAUCGAAAGAUCCUUACUUGUUAAGGACCUUUGAAGUUUUUGGGUUUUUUUUUUUUUUACCGUUUUGCCAAUUUGGAUGGGUGAAUUGAUCCAUGUGGGCUUGGUCAGUAUUCUUGCUAAACCUUUUAUUAUUUGAAAUAACUGUUUUCAGGAAAUACGAAAACUGGAUUUGUAUCUUUGGUUUUGGAAUCUUGGGGAACCACGGAGAUACCUUGUCAUAGGCAUUUGGAAUUGCAUUAAAAUGUUUCUAAGUGUUGAAAAGCAUUUAUCAGCUUACUUGAGGAAAUCUGGAAUCGAUUUAAAGAAAUGGUUAUUUUGUAGUAGUAUAGUAAUGUGGUUACGCAGUAGAACUUAUAAACUAUAAAUUGGAGUUUUAUAUAAAUAAAUCUGCAAUAAUGUAAAAUGUGAAAAAACAGUUAUCCAAGAGUGGAUACUUCAUCACUAUGCGUGUAAUUUCUUUGGGGGGAGGAGGGGUUUGGAAUGUUACUUUGUGCUACAGAGAAUGAGAUGAUUAUAAUGAUUUAUUACUUAGAGAUCCAUUGAACAUUUCAUUGAUAGUGCUGCAUAGGGCAUAGCCCUGACACCUAGCUGUCAAAUACCUCUAAUAAAACUACUUUGUAGUUUUAUUAAUA